UUCCUGCAAGCGAACGGAAGCUUAACUAACAGGCUGUAGAAACUGACCGCAAGGGAGUGAAUUUUUUGAACAAGGGUUUGUUUAUUUAUUGAAAAAAUAUCAUGGAGCUGUGCGAAAUUCUCUACAACAAAGCCGAGUACAUAGAAACGGCAUCUGGUAAUAAAGUAAGCAGACAGUCAGUACUCUGUGGAAGCCAAAAUAUUGUGCUAAAUGGAAAAACUAUUGUUAUGAAUGAUUGCAUCAUUCGAGGGGACCUGGCAAACGUCAGGGUUGGGCGUCACUGUGUGAUCAAGAGCCGGAGUGUAAUAAGACCACCGUUCAAGAAAUUCAGCAAAGGAGUUGCUUUCUUCCCGCUCCACAUUGGGGACCAUGUGUUCAUUGAAGAAGACUGCAUUGUGAAUGCUGCACAGAUAGGGUCUUACGUCCAUAUAGGGAAGAACUGUGUCAUUGGACGGCGGUGUGUUCUUAAAGAUUGCUGUAAGAUUCUUGACAACACUGUCCUGCCUCCGGAGACAGUUGUCCCGCCAUUCACUAUGUUUUCUGGUUGUCCAGGUCUGUUCUCAGGAGAGCUUCCAGAGUGUACCCAGGAACUCAUGAUUGAUGUCACAAAGAGCUAUUAUCAGAAGUUUUUACCACUGAGUCAGAUUUAAUACUUGCUGAUAUAAGACAACAAAAAUUGGACCAAUAGGUUUUCUUUUUUAUAACUACAGUAUAUCAUCCAACAGUAAAGCUGUCUUGAAAUUCCACCAGGUUUCACAGCAUUGAAACGGCUUUUCUGUUUCUUAUUAAAGAAUUGUGCACAUUUUCAAUUCACUGUUGCUGAUAGAAUGCAAUGAUUUAAAUCCAUGAAACUCCUAAAAAAAAAGUACUAAUUUGCCAUUUUCAUUUAGUUCUUAUUGGGGAUUUUUUUUAGUCACUGUUGGUGAAGAGUGCUUUCAGUAAUCCAGGGGAAAUAAUAAUGUAAACGCAUCAUUAAAUGUCACUUCUUAAUUUAUCCAGUUUAGUGUUGUCUGUUGCAUUUACAAGUUUGUAGCUGUUAUUUUGGCUGGAAAAACUGCUUGGAUGUGGAACAUUCAGGCAACAUAAGCCUUAUAUGGUUAAAUUGUUUUGCAGACUAACAAUUGACUAGAAGUGGAGGAAUACUUCUGUGGUUAUCCAAGCAGUACAGAAAUGGGUGGAUUCUUAUGUAUGCAGACUAUACAAGAGUUUUGACUCUGAAUAAGAAUUAUUCUUACACAGAAGAACUGUAUUUAUUAGUAUGGAACCCUGUUCCUAAAUUGUCUUGUAUGUGCAUUGCAGGGAGGAUCUCACGCUCCUGCUAAUAAAUGUGGGAUAUUAAAAAAAAACAAAACCCUGAA